GAACGAAUAAGCUUCACAGCGAAACGUUGAAGAUUCACAGGAAAAGAAAAUGGAUGUUCUACAGUCACAGUUUGAAACAUAUGAAGAUAAAACUGGAUUGAAGUUCCCAUUCAAUGUUUUUCCGAGAACGAAGGAACAAGAAAGAAAAUGCUCAAUACCUAUCUCCUGUUUGUACCAGCCACUCAGACCGAAAGAGGAUCCAGUGAUAGUGGAGAACUAUCCCAUGGCAUGUUUCAACUGUAAGAGUAUCAUAAACUCUUUAUGCAUGGCUGAUUCUAGAGGUUGGAGUUGUUCUAUUUGUGGUAAUAGAAACCAAUUUCCUAACGAAAUAAACCAGUUGCCUAUUGAGAUGAAUCCCGGUCUAUUGGACAUCGAAUAUAUUAUUCCACAACAAGGUAUACUGAAGCCAACGAUUUUUGUAUAUAUAGUUGAUUUGGCAAUCGACGAAGAGGAGUUGGCCUCCCUGCUAGAAAACCUAUUGAUCUCAAUUGAUCUACUACCAGUCAACUCGAUGAUAAGUUUGAUUACAUAUAGCAAGCAUGUAAACGUUCACGAAAUUGGAUACCAAGGCAGCAACUACUCCUACACUUUUAAUGGGGCUAAAGAUUAUUCAAGAGAGGAGAUAAGCCAAAAAUUGGGUAUUUUGAGAAAAAAUGUCGAUGGUAUGAAAAAUGCUACGACUUCACAAAUUGCCAACAGGUUUUUCCAGCAGACUGCAAUUUGUGAGUUUUCCUUAGCAAGUCUUAUUGAAUCCUUGCAAAAGGAUGCUUUUAAAGUUCCUCAGUUCCAUAGAAAGGAAAGGGCUACAGGAUGUGCCAUAAAUGUUGCAUUCCAUAUGCUUGGCACGCUAUACCCUAAGAUUGGCGCUAGAAUUAUGCUAUUUACAGGCGGUGGGUGCACUGUUGGACCUGGAAGUAUAGUGUCAACGUCCUUGAAAGAUCCUAUUAGAUCGCACCAUGACUUGUCUAAAGAUGCAAAGACGAUAAAAAAGUUCAAAGCAAAUGCCAAAUUUUAUAACGACAUUGCAGAGAAGGCUUCGAUCAACGGACACACAUUUGACAUUUUUAUUGGAUGCUAUGACCAAAUUGGCCUCAGCGAGAUGGAAUGCCUUGUGGAUAAAACUGGGGGUGUAAUUGUCCAAAGUGACAGCUUCACCUCUGCAAUUUUCAAACAAUCAUUAAAUAAAUUCUUAUCCCCUAAUGAAUAUGGUGAGUCUCAAUUUGGAUUGAAUGCCACUUUAGAAGUAAAAUGCAAAAAUGUGAAAGUUAGAGGUUUGAUCGGACAUGCUACUGCAUUACAUUUAAACAAGGGGAAAACUCUGGAUGGAGCCCACAACAAGAUCAGUUUCCAUACUGAGGAGAAGGGUAAGAAAAUUGGGUUGGGUGGAACAAAUUGUUGGAAGCUUGGAUCGGUAUCUACACAUUCAUCAUAUGCCGUUUAUUUUGAAAUGGUCGACCACCCCAUUGGUGACUAUUCCGUCAUUCAGUUCAUCGCAAGCUACCAGCACCCAGAUGGAACUCAACAUAUUCAUGUGACAACGUCUCAGAGGUUUAUGAACCAGGGUAGUGAUUCGAUGGAUUCGAUAAUAUCCAAUUUUGAUCAAGAGGCAGCCACAGCCAUAAUUGCAAGGCAAGCCAUAGACACAGUUGCUAACAACUCUUCUGUCAAUGCACUGACGUUUGUUAAUAAAAUACUGAUUGACUUCCUGUCUGUAUUUGCAAAAUAUAGAGUCAACGAUACCAGAUCUGUGGUUAUUCCACCGAAUGUCAACUUGCUUCCACAGUUCAUCUAUCAUCUACGUAGAUCCAAUUUCAUUCAGAUUUUCAAUUCUUCCCCGGAUGAAACGUCGUUUUAUCGCCACUGCUUUUUGACAGAAGAUUGCCUCAACACCCUGAUUAUGAUUCAGCCAACAUUAACAGCCUAUGAGCUCGAAAAGGAUCCAGAACCAGUUUUACUAGACUCCACAUCGCUAAAGCCUAAUAGGAUUUUGUUUUUAGACACAUUUUUCCAUAUUUUGAUCUUCCAUGGAUCGCUGAUUUCUGAUUGGCGUAGACAAGGGUACCAGGAUCAACCCGACUACGAGUACUUCAAGGACUUCCUUGAACUACCAAGACAAGAGGCUGCAGACAUCUUGGUCGAUCGAUUCCCGUUGCCUAGAUUUAUUGACACCGAAGAGGGCGGAUCACAGGCACGAUUCUUGAUGUCCAAGUUGAACCCAACCACAAGCUACAACUCGUCAGAUUCGUUGGAACAGUUGGCGACAUUUGGGCCUCAGGAUACGGGUGACGGAGCUGUCAUCAUGACCGACGACAUCAGUUUACAGACGUUCAUGCAGUAUGUGUACGAGGCCGUGGUAAAGCCUACCUAGGAUAGAACGUAGAUAGACAAAAGCCGUGAUGGAUAAGGUGUAGAAAAGUAGAGUAAAUAGAAAAAAUUUAGAGCAAAACAGUAAACCCGACGGAGCU